UUAAAAAGAUUUUUUAAAGGUUAGGCUUACCAACAUUGAGAGUUUUGCAUUGAAAAUCUUCUAUUAUUAAAUGGUUUGGUUUACAACUCAAAUCCUUAGACUAAUUAAACAAGAAGCUUAGCUUCUAACUUAUUUAAUUUUAGAUCAUUUGUAAUUAUCUCAUAUUAACUGGUCGAAUCAUAGCUUCUCAUUUGGCCUUUGGUCCGAAUUCUGUAUCAUCAUCAAUUCGUGUAAUUUUUCUUCUUCCUUUCAUUUAACCAUGAAUUCUGUAUCUAAACAAACGAAGAUUUACAUAGGAGGCUUACCAGACUCUUGUAGUGCUGAAGACUUAAGAAAUGCAUUUGAGAAACAUGGUAAAGUGGAAGAAUGUGAUAUCAUAAAGAAUUUUGGUUUUGUCCAUAUGGGAGAUGAAACUGAAGCUAGAGCUGCUAUUGAAGCAUUAAAUGGAGCAGAGUUCAUGGGAGUCAAGAUUACGGUGGAAGCUUCUCGUAGUAAAGUAAGACCAAAACCAGGAAUGGGAGGAAAAGGUCAAUGUUAUCGAUGUGGAAAAAGUGGUCAUUGGUCUAAAGAAUGUCCACGAAACACACAUGAUCGUCAUAAUCAUAACGGUCGUGCUCCUCAUCCUCCUCCUCCUCCACCACCACCACAAAUGCCUCCUCCAGGCCCUGCUGGUUGGUAUGGAGGAAGAUACGGUCCUGUUCGUAAUUAUCCGGUUGAUCGAGGUUAUGAUCGUGCUUAUUCUCGCCCCUAUCCGGAUCUUUAUGAUAGGCGGCCACCACCUCCACCACCCCGCGAAGAGUACUAUUAUAGAAGACCUUAUCUCGAAGAAUAUGCUUACAGAAGGUCGCCUUCAAACACAGAUCGAACCUACGGUGCUGAAAGAUCUUAUUACACAGAUGAUACUCAGAGUUUUGCUAGCUAUUCAUCCACUGGAACAACUUCAGCAUCUAGUGGGUUAUAUCCACCAAUUAUCGGAAUUGCUCCACAAUCUUCCAAUUCGUCUGCUGUUACUUCAUCAUCGGACAUGAGAAGACCAAUUUGAAAGAAACAAAGAAAACAGAAAUUUAAUUUUGGACUCAGUCGAUCAUAUAUAAAUAUUUACUCAAUGACACUUGAUGAUGUUAUAACAAAAUUCAAACUCUCUUCACAACACUCCUAAAUAAUGUCACAUUCUCAUGACAACUCAUUAUAUCUUAGCUGGGAAUACGACUAUUUAUCAUGUCUAAUUGAUUAUUGUCAAAAUAUCAUCUCAUCUUCCGCUUCUCGUAACCAUCGUUCACAUCAACAUUAUCACCUUCAUAAUUAUCUGCAUAUGUUUCUCAAAUAUUCACCAUGAACAUUGCAGCUUCCAUCAAAUUCUUCAUAUUUAUGAUGAAAUCUUUGCAGAACUCCGUGUUUAAAUGGAUUUAUCAGCGAUAAAGUCAUGGAAAUUAAUUAUCAGAUUAAUACAGUAUAAUUUAUAAAUGUAUGUACAUCUUUAUAAAUAUGUAUAUGUGGACCUUCGUCUUUUUUUCGGUAACUCAAUUAUCAACCUUAUUUUGCUUUUUUUCCUCCAAAUUACUUUUCUGCUAACCAUUUAAAAAUCAUAUUAUUCAAAACAAAAAUUAUCAAAUUAAAUUAAAGCCAAUAAUUUUGGGCCAUCUUCUAAUGGGUUAACUGAUGCAACUUUGAUCUCAAUGGUUUACUUGAGUAAAAAAAAUUGUUUCUGUGAUUUUGACAAAAUGAUUAUGAACACCAAGGCUCGUAGUUUUUGUAAUUCAAGUUGACCGAGAUUAAUUUGUAAACAUAACAUUAUCAAAUAAAUAUGCAAACAAUUUAUGUUGACUA